AAUCUUUCUUCUUCUCCGCAUUCUCAUGGCCAAUUAUCCACCGACGGUGGCGGCGCAACCCUCAACGGCGGCGAUUCCACUGCUGCACCAGCGACAUCAAUCUGAACGACGACGUGGAGAAUUACCGGCGGUUGUCAAAACAGAGUCUACAACUAUGGAUAUUUCGAUCGGUCAAUCUAAGCAGCCUCAUUUUUUGAAAUCCAUAGACGAAUUGGCUGCGUUUUCAGUUGCAGUGGAAGCAUUCAAACGCCAAUUCGAUGAUCUUCAGAAGCACAUCGACUCAAUCGAAAACGCAAUUGAUUCCAAACUCGCCGCUUCUUCCAAUUUCCAUCAGCCGUUGUUAUCGCCUCCGCGGAACCAUGCGUCUGUAGAGACCACCGUGAGUGUGAGCCAAUUGUCUCAGGAGGAGCCUGCGGAGAUUGUACCGGAGACGUCGAAUAAAGCGGAGGGGGAACGUUUGUGUGAGUUGAUGUGUAGCAAAGGUCUGCGUAAAUAUAUCUACGCGAAUAUCUCUGAUCGAGCUAAGCUAAUGGAAGAGAUUCCUUCAGCUUUGAAAUUGGCUAAAGAGCCAGCUAAGUUUGUAUUGGAUUGUAUUGGGAAGUUUUACUUACAAGGGCGUAGAGCAUUUACUAAGGAGUCGCCUAUGAUCUCUGCGAGACAAGUUUCGCUUCUUAUUUUGGAGUCUUUUCUUCUAAUGCCUGAUCGUGGUAAAGGGAAGGUCAAGAUUGAGAGCUGUAUAAAGGAUGAGGCGGAGACGGCUGCUGUUGCGUGGAGGAAAAGACUGAUGAGUGAAGGAGGAUUAGCUGAGGCAGAGCAAAUGGAUGCAAGGGGUUUGCUUUUACUAGUUGCUUGUUUUGGGGUUCCUUCAAAUUUUAGGAGUAUGGAUUUGUUGGAUUUGAUACGAAUGAGUGGUUCGAAUGAGAUUGCGGGUGCUUUGAAGCGGUCACCCUUUCUUGUCCCUAUGAUUUCAGGUAUAGUGGAAUCAAGUAUCAAGCGUGGAAUGCAUAUUGAAGCUCUUGAGAUGGUUUAUACCUUUGGGAUGGAGGAUAAGUUUUCAGCUUCUUCAGUCCUAACUUCAUUCUUAAGAAUGAGCAAGGAGUCAUUUGAGAGGGCAAAACGGAAAGCCCAGUCACCACUGGCAUUUAAAGAGGCGGCUGCAAAGCAGCUAGCUGCGUUAUCAUCAGUGAUGCAGUGUAUGGAGACUCAUAAGUUAGAUCCUGUGAAAGAACUACCAGGGUGGCAGAUCAAAGAGCAAAUUGUUAAUUUGGAGAAAGACACUCUUCAGCUCGACAAAGAGAUGGAAGAGAAAGCAAGAUCCAUCAGUUUAAUGGAGGAAGCGGUACUCGCCAAGAGAAUGUAUAACCAACAGAUGAAACGUCCAAGGUUGUCACCCAUGGAGAUGCCACCAGUAGCUUCGUCAUCAUAUUCUCCUAUCUACCUUGAUCGAAGCUUUCCUAGUCAAAGAGACGAAGAUAGAGAUGAAAUAUCAGCUCUUGUGAGUAGUUACCUCGGCCCGUCAUCAUCUUUUCCUCAUCGCUCAAGUCUCAGAAGAUCCCCUGAAUAUAUGGUUCCACUUCCACCUGGUGGGUUAGGAAGAAGCGUAUAUGCAUAUGAACAUCUACCUCCAAAUUCAUACUCUCCAGGUCAUGGACAGAGACUUCCUCGACAGUACUCUCCGUCUCCAGUUCACGGACAGAGACAUCCACGACCGUACUCUCCUCCAAUUCAUGGACAACAACAAAUACCAUUUGGUCUACAAAGAGUUUACAGACAUUCACCAUCUGAAGAAAGAUAUUUGGGUUUAUCCAACCACAGGUCUCCUCGCAGUAACUCAUCACUAGACCCCAAAUAGGAGGAAUGUAAAUUUGUAACAAAGCUUUUUGUUUUUGUUUAAGGUAGUCAUUUUUUCCUCACAACAGUCUCAAAAUUUAAUUUAAUGUUUGGGGCUUAAGAAUGCAAAAAAUUUUGCUGUCUGUA